AUGGCGGCGCUGGGCGAGGAACUCCUCAACAUUGUCAACAGGCUCCAGGACCUGGUCUUCAACACGAUUGGAAAUGAUUCCCUCGAUUUGCCCCAGAUUGUCGUCGUAGGAUCGCAGUCCUCUGGCAAAUCGUCAGUGCUCGAGAACAUUGUCGGCAAGGACUUCCUGCCCCGUGGCAGCGGCAUCGUCACCCGCCGACCGCUCAUUCUCCAACUCAUCAACCUCCCCAGCGAACGCGAUGAAGACGACGACGACGAAGUCCAUGUGCCCCACACGCCCGCAAGCGUUGCCAGCCAGCAGGAGUGGGCUGAAUUUCUCCACAUUCCUGGCCAGCGCUUCUACGACUUUGGCGAAGUCAAGCGCGAGAUCGAGAACGAGACGUCGAGGAUAGCAGGAAACAACAAGGGCAUCAACAGGCAGCCCAUUAACCUGAAAAUCUACUCGCCUCACGUCUUGAGUUUGACGCUGGUCGAUUUGCCUGGUUUGACAAAGGUGCCCAUUGGUGACCAACCCUCCGAUAUCGAGAAGCAGACACGGAACUUGAUCACCGAGUACAUUGCCAAGCCAAACAGUGUCAUUCUUGCUGUCUCUCCCGCCAACGUCGAUCUCGUAAACUCAGAGGCUCUGAAGCUUGCACGUCAUGUCGACCCCAUGGGUAAGAGGACCAUUGGUGUCCUCACAAAGCUCGACCUUAUGGACCACGGCACCAAUGCCAUGGACAUUCUCUCGGGCCGUGUCUAUCCACUCAAGCUCGGCUUCAUUGGUAUCGUCAACCGAUCACAGCAGGACAUCCAGGGCAACAAGUCCCUGGCUGAUGCCCUCCAGGCCGAGCGGGACUUCUUCCGACACCACCCUGCGUACAGGAAUAUGGCAAACCGCUGCGGUACCCAACUGCUUGCCAAGAGCCUGAACCAAACACUCAUGGCUCACAUCCGAGACCGUUUACCAGACAUCAAGGCACGCCUGAACACCCUCAUGGGCCAAACACAACAGGAACUUGCGAGCUAUGGCGACGUCACCUUCACUGGGAAAGAGCACCGUGGCUCACUCAUCCUGCAACUCAUGACUCGUUUUGCCUCUUCCUUCAUUGCAUCCAUCGACGGUACCUCUACGGAGAUCUCGACAAAGGAGCUAUGCGGUGGUGCCCGGAUAUACUACAUCUUCAACUCGGUCUUCGGCAACUCGCUCGAGCAGGUCGAUCCUACCCAGAACCUGUCCGUACUGGACAUUAGGACGGCUAUCCGCAACUCGACUGGUCCCCGACCUAGUCUGUUCGUUCCCGAGUUGGCAUUUGACCUCCUCGUAAAACCCCAGAUCAAGCUUUUGGAAAUUCCAAGCCAGCGUUGUGUCGAGCUCGUCUACGAAGAGCUAAUCAAGAUCUGUCACACAUGCGGCUCCACUGAGUUGACAAGAUACCCCAGGUUACAAGGAAAGCUCAUUGAAGUCGUGUCAGAUCUUCUCCGAGAACAGCUUGGUCCCUGCUCGGGUUAUGUCGCCUCCCUCAUCGAUAUUCAAAGAGCCUACAUCAAUACAAACCACCCCAACUUCCUUGGUGCUGCUGCUGCCAUGUCAUCCGUCAUUAGCGACAAGGAGCAAAGGGAGAAGAAGAUUGCAAUGGAGGCUGAGAAGAAGAAGCGAGAGCAGAGAAGAUUGAAAGAGCUCCAGAACGGUGCCAACGGGGAGGGCGCAGAAGACGGCGAAGGUGGUGACAACGCAUCGCUGAAGUCUCUUCCUCUUCGAAAACACCAGUCCCAGACUAGCCGUAGCAUGUCACCGGCUGUGGGACGGAUGGUGAACGGAUCUCAGAGCACAACAGCAGCACUCAAUAGCCGCAACCGGUCACCUCCUGGUACUGCCCGUGACAGCUUCCUGAACUACUUCUUCAGCAAAGACAGCAAUACCGCAUAUCCUAACCCACAGGGCUUGCCGCAAGCAACCCAACCGAUGCUUGACAACCGGCCAGGAAGCCGGCACGUCACCCAAAAUAUCGAGCCUAGUUUUGCCCAGAGCAUUCGGAGGGGUGACAGCAAGCAACCUGCCCAUGUACUGGCGAUGAUGCCACCAGACACUGAUGACUAUGAUGCACCGUCGAGUGCUGCUUUCACACCAGCCCUUACAGAACGCGAAGCGCUUGAGACUGAGCUUAUCCGCCGGCUCAUCUCAUCGUACUUCAACAUUGUGCGAGAGACUGUUGCUGACCAAGUGCCCAAGGCGAUCAUGCAUUUGUUGGUCAACCACUCCAAGGAUGUUGUACAGAACCGUCUGGUGUCUACGCUGUACAAGGAAGAUCUCUUCCAGGAGUUGUUGUACGAGGAUGACACAAUCAAGGCUGAGCGCGAGAAGUGCGAGAAGCUGCUCAAGACGUACAAGGAGGCCGCCAAGAUUGUCGGUGAGGUAUUGUAAUAGAAGCAGGGGUUGAAUGAUGAAAU